CUGGUCUUCAAGUUCUCAGCUUCACCGACCUUGAGCUUGAACUCGCGAAGUCAAUUUUGGUGAGCAUAUCCUUCACGACCUUCAGCUUCGCUAGACCGAGCCAGGCACUUUGCCCUUCAAUUCUCUACCAUAAACCAGCACUCGAAUUCCCCAGCACCCAAACUACGUCCAACGAACUUUGCUCGGCAUCAACCUCCGUAGAUCGAAUUCGACUUCCCACGUUCAACAUUCACUGGUCAUUAAACUUUGCACCUGGAUUACUUGAAGGCUGAAGCUCUAGCCCUGCACACCCUCACACCAAGUCCCGCAGCUCCCGAUAUCCCCAUUACAUACUCUUGAUACCUUGAUACCAUUCUCACUCUCAAGGUACGCGCAUCACUUCCAAUCUGUUUCCCAGUACCAAUACUAAAUAUACCAGAUGGCUUCCCAGGAUACGUCUCUUCGGAAACUUCCUGUCGAAAUUCGGCUCAUGAUUUUCGAACUCUGCCUUUCCAUGAUCCCUGCAACCACACCCUACCACGAAAGCAUUGCCCAGGUAACACCUCCAUUACUUGUCGCUCUUCGCGGAGAGAGAAGGAUUUAUAUGGCGAGGCUAUUUGCACCUUUUACAAGAUCAAUACGUGUUACCUCACGAUGAAGAAUUACGAAGACUUCUCUCUCCGAGAUUAUAACUCUGAUUGCAUCAAGAACCUUCGACAUCUCGGAAUUCAUUAUCCGUAAGUCCAUCUGUGAAUCUUAUUGCCCGAGCAUGUGUCUCGUAAACUUUCAUACACACGGGUUUCAAUUGCUGAUACAAGUAGGUCUCCUAGGCGAUAUCGCCUGGGUGUGAGGCCCCCUAGCUUCUACCCCGCCUAUCCUGCUUCUUCAUCUCCUAUACAUUUCUAUACGCGUCUCCACUUCCUUGUGAGGAACGUGCCGGGAAAAAUGGCAGCAGACCUCGUUUCAGUCCAUAUCGACCUAGAAGAGGAGAUAGAUGGCUUCUUCGAUGCUGAAUCCUUUAUCCCAUUGUUUGUCAGGCAUCUCACUUCCUUGCAAUCAUUUACCCUCAACAAACUUAUCAGGGGAAAGGGCGAGUGGUCGAAAUCUAGAUACUUGUACAAGCGCAUAUAUGAUGAUCACUGGUUUAUCAGAUCUGGCGGCGACCGCUCUGGCAUGGUGAAACCUUUCAUCCUUCAGAUGAACCAUCUUUUCGGGGUCAAGGGCAGACAGGAGUUUGAAGUUCUGCCAAAUGACCUAAUUCAAAGAAUGACCGCUGGAGGAGUGGUAGAUCCGUCAAUGCACUGGGUUAUCGAACGUUGGACUUGGAAGGCAAAAACGGGUGAGGUACUAAAGCAGAGCAACUAUUUCAAUAAGCUUUGCGAGGAAGCUCACGAUGGUCCUUGUAAAAGAGAGUUGUUGGAGAAGGAUAAGGAUAUUUCAGGAGGUAUGGCCUAAGGGAGUGAAAGGGGAUAUAUGAAGUGUUAUCAACGAUUCAUGAGUUCACCGGUAGAUUCGAACUGAGCUUCUUCAUUCAUCACUUGUGUCAUCUUCGAACUUGUUUAUUGUCUCAACGUUCUUUUUCAAGUCCUAGUAUUCGCCUUUGGAAUUUGCUUACCUUUGGAAUUUGCUUACGUAGACUUACCUCUUCACCUCGUGCUCUUUAUUUUAUCUGUUGAAUGUGAGCUUCACUGGUACCGAAGUGGCCAAGCAUAGGCUCAGACCAGGAGCUAGCAUCUACAUAUCAGAACCGUCAUAAUACCACAAGCUCCCUCUUCCAUUUCAUUGCUGGACACUUUCCUGUUCUAUCGUUCAUUCCAUUGCCAACUAUCACAGUGACAAUUCUCUCGCGUUUGGACUGCUACUCCCUCUUUGCUAUUCACGGCAGUUGA